UUUCAUCAGCGUUAACGGCGACACAGGUAACUAUGGACAAAAUGGAUGCAGUUAAAUCUUUCUGUGUUCUCCUUUUGGUGGUUAGUCCAAUGCACUCGGUUCCAAGAAUUGUGGACUUGUCUUAUCAACAGGACGAUGACGCCAUCAGCUGGCCAGUCAAUCCCCCGUAUAAUUUUACCAAACUUCACAGAGGAUUUUACGCACCCUUCAAUAUCUGGCUUGAAAACAACCACAUCGCCAUGCCAGAACACAUGGGCACCCACGUAGACGCUCCGGUUCAUACUUUCAAGGGUACUUGGAGGACACAUCAAAUCCCGAUUGAAAAAUUGUAUGGACCUGGAGUUAUUAUAAAUGUUAAAACCAAGGUCGAGAGCAAUCCAGAUUACAGAGUUUCCACAGACGAUCUUUUGAAAUACGAGGACAAAUACGGAGAAAUUCCUAGGCAUGCCGUUAUUAUAAUGAACUCGGGUUGGACUCACAAAUACCCUAACAAAACUCUAGUCUUUGGGACCACAGAUCUUCAAGAUUCCUCUACAUACCACUUUCCUAGCUGGCAUGAAGAAGCUGUCACGUGGUUGAUAAAUAAGAGACAGGUCAACGCCAUUGGGGUGGACACUCCCUCUACUGAUUACGGACAGUCCAGAACAUUGCCCUGUCACGUGAUCAUUGGCAAAAAUAACGUGGUAGGGAUUGAGAAUGUUGCAAAUCUGGAUAACAUUCCAGAAAGCGGAAGCACUAUUUACGUUCCGGUUGUGAAGAUUUAUGACGGAAGUGGCGGACCUGCGCGUCUUUUCGGGACAUACGAUGACGAUCCGGACAAAACAAACGCAGCAUCUACAGCUUUAUGCUCCAUCGUCUACACAUACUCUUUGAUCAUCGCUUUUCUUGUCAAAUUUUAAAUGCGAAAAUAUGCUUUUAUAGAAGGGAACAAUUGAUUUUUAUGCCCCCGGAUCGAAAAGUCCCGGGGCAUAUUGUUUUUGUCCUGUCUGUCUGUUUGUCUUUGUCCGUUUGUCUGUCUGUCUGUUGUCAACUUUAACCUUGCUUAUAACUUUUGAUUGGUUGGAGGUAUGACUUUCAUAUUUCACAUGUAUAUUCCUUGUGACAAGACCUUUCUUUGGGUACCAUCAUAUUUGACCUUUUGACCUUGUCCUUGGAGUUUGACCCACUUUUGCAAAAUUUUAUGAGACUUUAACCUUGGCCAUAACUUCUGAACAGUUGGUGCUUGGGAUUUCAAACUUCACAUGUGUAUUACUUGUGACAAGACCUUCCUCUGGAUAUCAACCUCUUUGACCCUUUGACCUUGACCUAGGAGUUUGACCUACUUUUGAAAAAUUUUAACCUUGGCCAUAACUUUUGAAUGGUUGAUGCUAGGGCUUUCAUACUUCACAUAUGUAAUCCUUGUGACAUCUCCUUCCUUUGGAUACCAACCACUUUGACCCUUUGACCUUGACAUAGGAGUUCGACCUACUUUUGAAAAACUUUAACCUUGGCCAUAACUUUUGAAUGGUUGGUGCUAGGGCCUUCCUUUGGAUACCAACCACUUUGACCCUUUGACCUUGACAUAGGAGUUUGACCUACUUUUGAAAAACUUUAACCUUGGCCAUAACUUUUGAAUGGUUGGUGCUAGGGCUUUCAUACUUCACAUAUGUAAUCCUUGUGACAAGACCUUCCUUUGGAUACCAACCACUUUGACCUUGACGUAUUACUUACUUUUAAAAAACUUUAACCUUCGCCAUAACUUUUGCACAGUUGCAGCUAGGUCUUUCAAAUUUCAUAGGUAUAUUCCUCGAGACAAGACCUUUCUUUGGGUACCAACAUUUUUUAUCUUUUGGCCUGGAUUUUGACUAGCAUUUGAGAAACUUGAACCUUCGCCAUAAGCUGCCAUACGGGGGCAUCAGUGUUUCACAAACACAUCUUGUUUUUUCUUUAAUCUACUUUAUGUUUUAUAUUUGCAAGAUAAAAUGAAAGUUUUGA